AGGGCAGGCAGGGCAGCAGCAGGGCAGGCAGGGCAGCAGCAGGGCAGGCAGCGUCUGAGCGCGGGGCUGAGAUCGGAUCAGUCGCAUACGGUGUGAGAUGGACCUGAAGGGGAAGGUGUGCCUGAUCACAGGGGCAGCCCAGGGCAUCGGCAAGUCGUUUGCAGAGACUCUUCUCGGCCUCGGCGCAAAGGUGGUACUGUUGGAUGUAAACGAAUCCGAAGGCGAAGCGUGCAAGGAAUCCCUGGAUAAAACGUUUGAUGCAAACUCCAGUUUAUUCAUCAAAUGCGACGUGGGAUCAGAAGAACAGUUGUCAUGUGCUUUCAAAAGGACAAUUAAUCACUUUGGAAGGCUGGACAUCAUGUGUAACAAUGCAGGAAUAAACAAUGAAAAGAACUGGGAAAUGACAAUGAACAUUAAUUUGAUAUCUGUGAUAAGAGGAACGUACUUAGCAUUGGAUUACAUGAACAAAGCAAAAGGUGGGAACGGAGGUGUUAUUGUGAAUACUGCAUCUUUAGCAGGUAUUUACCCAGUACCAUCUGGACCAGUAUACACUGCCACAAAACAUGGUGUGAUUGGUUUCACUCGAGCUUUAGCAGAAACUUCAAGGCUUUCAGGCUACGGUGUUCGGAUCAACGUUAUCUGUCCAGGUUUUGUUGAUACUCCACUUCUGGACUCUGUGAAUCAUGAAGAACAGAUGGGAACAUAUUAUAAGUUCAAGGACUCCAUCAAAGAGAUAAUGGAACAUUAUGGAUUAAUUCAACCAUCACUAAUCAGUCAGGGAUUGAAGAGAAUACUUGAAGAAGAAGAUAUGAACGGAGCAGUGAUGAAGAUAACGGUGUCGCAGGGGAUCCACUUUGAAAAAUAUGAAAAUAGGCUUUUCCAGCCAGAAGAAAAGUAACAAGCCUUGCAUUCGUUCCUGCCUUACCUCUGCGGACUUUGUUUUCAGUGAUUUGAAACUCUGCAGUAUGAUUGUUCAGAGCAGUUUGUUUCUUGCAUUCCUCUUGUCUUUUUUGUGUUUGUGCCACUUUGCUCCUGUCCUCAUGGGUGAGAUCAUUCAUUGUUACACUGCAGAAACUUGUAAUUUGGCCCAUCAAGUUUACGCUGGUGUUUUUCUCCAUCAAAUCGAUCCCCGUUCUCUUGCUUGCUGGUCUGUCCUUUGACAUUCCUCUUUUUUUCCCAUGAAUCUGCCUGAUUCCCUUUUAAAAUAAUUUAUGGACUGCUUCAAUCAUGUUUUGUGGCAGAAAAUUCCACGUAGUGGUAUUUCUGAUCUUGCACCUGGUUUCAGCCUGUAAGACUGUUGUUUUCAGGUUUGAAGUGGUUCAGAACUGUGGAAAAUUCUUAUAUCCAGUCGCAAUUUAGAAGCAGUUUUUUUGUAAAAAUUCCAAAUAAAGAUUUUGAGAAAACUUGAACUGCCAGGUCUUUUAGAAUGGAAUUACUGUCAGUGAUUUUAACUGUAUGGGGGACUCCCAUUCAUUCAUAGCCUCAAGAACUGAUUUUGUUUAACUUUAUGUUUACUUUGAGAAUAUCCCUAUCCAGUAUCUGGCAACGAAGCGUAAAUCCAUGGCCCCAUCUCUUGAUCCACAUACGUGUCACCAGCACCUCUCCAGAAACCAAGGGACCAUAUGCAUGAGGCGGGACAUGAGUACGAUCAAAGCUUUCUGACUUUGCUGGAGGUGGUGAUGGGGGAGGUUAUAGAACUACUGCUGCUGAUAGACCAGCAAGCCUGGCUCGUCUGCAGGACUUGGAGUGUCAGAAUAGUCAUCUGGGGCAGGAAUUCUUCCUUCUCAGCCCCUAUUAACCCUUCAAGCCAAACUCCUUAUGAGUACGAUGGUCUGGUCAGGAAGCUUACCAGACACUAUUCACAAUGGCAAGCUACGGAAUUUUAGAAAAUUAAACUCCAGCAGUAACCUGACACACACUCUGUAUUCCCCAGACCUCCUGCCUCAGAACCCAUCGUGUGUGCUAGAGUGCAUUUACCAAUAUCAUGAGCCAAGAAUUUAAAUACUAUGUAUAGAUAUCGCAAACCAUAGUUUACCUAUUAAACUACAAGUAAAAGAAUAUUUGUUAACCAGGAAAUUAUUAACAAUAGUUAGUGUAUUCUCAUGUGUACAUUUCCGAUUAUUUUCAAAGUAUUUUUAGCCAAAUUGUUUUACUGCUAAUAGACUGUAAUAUCUCAUUUCUUUGUUGAUGCCAAAACAAUACCCCGUGUAUCGUUUUAGAAUAGCGUACGACUUUUGCAAUGAUUUAAAUUGUAUUUUUUAAGCAAUUCAUACAAAUCUUAUAAUGCAAUCAUCCGCUGAAUAAAAAAUGUAUGGGGAAACAUUACACUAUCUUUGCAUCAUUUUAGAGCAAGCAGAAUUUGGUGCAAAAUGAAGCCUUAUUUCAAACCUCGUUUUCUGUAAGUUUUUUUUAAGAAUUGUAAUUCUUUUCUGUUUCUACAAAAGUAACUAUCCUUCUGGUUUGCCUGGCAAAUGAAUAAUGGAUUCAAGUCAAUCCCCUCUAACAACUUCAACCACUAAAGGAUUCUCUCUAGUGUAACAUUCGUUGCUAUUGUCUUAUCUGUUCUUGAGCACUGAAGUCCAUUCAGAGCUGAAGUUUGGAGACAAACCAAAUCCUCCAGUAUUUCUCUGUCUCACCACCCUGGAGUUUCAUGUAAACAAGAAUGUAGUUUAAAAUCAAGUCUCCACUGUCGAAGAGUCUGUUUUGAAUCAGAGUUAAGAGGUUUUUAUUACACUUAGUCUCUAUACUGUGCCCUUAAAGUUAAAACAACUAUGAGUUGAAAUUACUGGAGCAGAGUGAAUAAGGAUUCUAAGAACACCCUUUCACACUUUAGGUGGACAGAAACUCCUCACUAUCUGUCCAAGACGUGCUGUCUGUUGAUUUAAUGCCAGGCAUAGUAUAAUGAUAAUGAAAAUCAUUAUGUAAUUAUAUAAUUUGUAAAAGAAUGUUUCAAUACAAAACGUUGCUAAUUGUGGGGUUGUGCACUUCGGAUGAAAUGUAGAAGUUGUGAGUAUGUCCCAAAUGGUGAAAUACAAGGAGGGCAAAUCAGCAAAAAGAUCUAGGGAUUCAAGUUCAUAAGACCAUUAAAAAUCUAAUUCACAGGUCCA